AUGACGCAUGUUACUGUUUAUGAUCAUUACUUAAAGCCUCUUCUCAUUGCAAUUACUACAAAGAUCCUACAACUAGUCAAAUUUCUUAUAAUUAGUCGGCUUGAUCAUGAUGAUUAUGACCCUAAUCUUGAUGACCCCGAAGCCGCACUACAAGUAGCAGAAGCAGCAGCAGCAGCUUAUUCUUAUAGAGAUAGGAGGAGGAACAACAAGAACAAGUUAGAUUGGGCAAAGAUAAUUGUGGUGUUUUGCUUCACAGCUGCAAUUGGACUUGCCCUUCUUCCCUUCCAACUUCACGACUCUCAUGAGCUCCCUCUGAACUUCUACUUUCUUGGACUCACAGUCUUACUUGCCUUCACUUGUAUCUUGGUCAGCAAAUUUGUUCACUUCAACUACUGUCCUGCAGGCAUAUCAAUCUCCUACCUCUUCCACAAUUUUGGCCUCUUUUUCGGAUUCACUGCCUUCCUCAUAUCCAUCACCAUCCCUUUUCCUCUUUGGUUCAAAUGCACUGCCUAUUCCAUCUAUGUAGCCGCCUGCUUCCUCAUAAUUCUUUGUAAUCUUCACUUCAAUAAAUAUUACAAACCUCAUAAUUUGAACCUCCCAAAUCCCGAAAAUUUUGAAAACAACGUCAAUGAUCCUGCAGUACUGGAAUCAUCGUCAUCAUCAAGCUAG